AAUCGCAACCUUUCAUUCCGAUCGCGCAGAGAGCCUUCCGGCCGGCAGCGGUUCAACAUCUCGACCUUGCGCGGGAUGCAAGCGCCGGAGCUCAGCCGCAAGAUGACCAAGCUGAUCAAAAGCGAGAACACUGCUAUCGGUGCCCAUGAAGCUGCCGGCCGGGGGCGCGUCUCGAUCGCUGCCCAGCUCUCUGAAUGGGGAGAGGCAACUGAAGACGACAAUGUCUCUGACAUCUCCGACAAGCUCGGUGUUCUGCUUGCCGAGAUAGGCGAGCAGGAAGACAGCUUUGCGCAGAACCUCGAGGACUACCGCAGUAUCCUGAAGCAGAUUCGCGACAUGGAGGCCUCGGUCCAGCCGUCGCGCGAGCAACGCCAGAAGGUCACCGACGAGAUUGCCAAGCUCAAGUACAAGGACCCUAGCAGCCCGCGUCUGGUCACGCUCGAGCAUGAGCUUGUCCGGGCUGAGGCUCAGAACUUGGUUGCCGAGGCGCAGCUGUCUAAUAUCACCCGGCAAAAGCUCAAGGAGGCCUAUGAUAUUCAUCUGGCGGCCGUUAUUGAGCGCGCCGAGAAGCAGAUGAUUCUGGCUCGUCACGCUCGUCGUCUGCUGAACUACAUUGACGACACUCCUGUUGUUCCUGGUGAUGCACGCCAGGCGUAUGAUCAUGAGCUCUCGGCACGCCAGAUUCUCGAAGAUGCCGAGAGUGAUCUCCGUGAAUGGGAGCCCAGCGUUGAGCCUAUUGGCUUCUCCGUGGAGCAGGAUUCUCGGGCCCAGGCUAAUGGCAUCAACGGCGCUAGCGUCAAUGGACUCGACGAUGUGUCGGAACAACAGUCGGAUGUUCUCGACAAUGUCUCUGUGACUGAGGGUUUCACUGAACCAGUGGGAAGCGGUGCUCUCCCUGCGAAGAUGGUGGUCGAGCCUUCCCCUGCUUGA